AUGGAGGCUUUUGCGAGGGUGCACGUCCAUCCUGUCGUAUUGUUAUCUAUCAUUGAUGCAUAUGAAAAGCGCCCUGAUUUCAAUGAUCAAAUAAUCGGAACUCUUCUAGGCAUGGUUCACGAUGGUGAGGUUUCAAUGAAAUUGAGUUUUUCUCAAACUAUGCUCAGUCUUGAGCGGAAAGUUUCUCGCUACUCCAGACCCGUUGGAUGGUUCUCGACUGGAUCGGACGUUACAGAAGCUGAGCAUUUGAUUCACAAAGACAACUAUAAGAAAUCACAGAAGAAUCCUAUCUUCCUCUUAGUUAAUCCAAAUCUUAUUGUUAGUGAGAAGAUGAGCAUUCAGGCUUUUCAGAGUCAGUGUAUCGGUGUUCCAGGUGGAACUAUGGGGACAAUUUUCCUUCCAUUGGAGGUUAAUUUGCAGUUUUAUGAUACCGAGCGUUGUGUUGUUGAUAUGAUGAAUGAAGAUGUCCUCAAUGGAGGAGAAAGUGCCUCUGAGCCUAAGGGUGAUUUGUCCUACUUGUACAAUUUGACCAAUCGCCUGUUAGCCCUCUUGGAGAAGGUUAAUUCCAAGGUGGAGGAUUACGCAAAGGGAGAUAAAUCAGUCGAUAGUGACUUGGGUAUGGCCAUCUCACGCCUGCUCUUCGCCACACCGAAAUUGGAUGCUGAGAAUGUGGAGGAUUUGAUUAGUUCUUCAUUUAAGGAUCUCCUUAUGGUCACUUACUUAACUAACAUGAUUCGCGCGCAUGCAAAAAUUCUCUCCAUUGCGCAUUAA